AAGUUAGUAGCAGUGCAGCAGUCAACAUGGCAAAAUAAAUAUGCACACAAUUUUAAGUGUUUAUUUUAGUAGAAAGUCUCUAGUGAACAGGAUUAAGAUAGCUGACCGAAUGCUGACAAAUAGCUUAAAAUUGCUGUCGUUUGAAGAGAUAUGUGCGAUUUUCUGGAGUUUCAUGACUAUAUAACUGCAAGCCCCGACGCUUUAUCCUGUGUAAGGUGAAGCAGAGACGAGAUGAUACUAACUAGGCAAUGACAAUCAGCAUUUCAAGCACAAUAGAGCACCAACCCCUCAACCCUCUACAGCCCCCUUCACACACUGACUGAUGCACACAAACCUGUCGUUUCCCCUUUAAGACAGCACACAGCCCCUUUUAAAGAUGGGCCUGCCCUAUCUCUGCCUACUAGUCUUCCUAUUCGCUCACUCCACAGCCAACCAGAGCCCUUCGAAAGUGGCCAAUCCAAAUCCGACCCUGACCAAACAAGAUGCUCCUCCCACUUCUUCAGACAAGAAGCAGCAAGCCCCUCCCCCAUCCAGCUCCAGCGGCAGGGUGGCCCAGGAAAGCCCCGCCCCCCUGACCCUGACCCUACAGCUGGUUGGAGAGUGUGGAGGGAAGGUGGAGGAGGAGGGAGGAGCCUCUAUGACUCACUCCCUGGAUCCAGCCUCGCCCCUGGUCCUCACUCAUAGGAUCAGGCUGGCCCCCCCGUGCCAUUGUGACCCGGCCGACACCGCUGCACUGACCCAGCGAAUCACAGCCCUGGAGAGCCAGAUCUCGGAGCUGAGGGAGCGCUGUGAGGGAGGGGCAGCCGGGAGCUGCUGUGCGCAACAGGACCUGGCUGCUACAGGCUCUCGUGGUGUCCAGUCAGUCUGCUCCGGCCACGGUACCUUUGAGUCGGGAUCGUGUCGCUGUGAGUGUGAGCCUGGCUGGAGCGGACCCCUCUGCGCUGACCAGCACUGUCCUGAAGACUGCAGUGACCAGGGGCGCUGCGUGGACGGGAGGUGCAUCUGCUUCCCGGGGUACACCGGGACAGACUGCAGGCAGGUCGGCUGUCCCAGAAAUUGUACAGGCAGGGGGCGCUGCAUGGAGGGCAGGUGCGUCUGCAAUCCCGGCUUCACUGGAGAGGACUGCAGCAGCAAAACUUGUCCAGGAAACUGCCAGGACAGAGGGAGGUGCGUGAACGGGAUCUGCGUGUGCAAUAAGGGCUUUACCGGAGAGGACUGCAGCACCAAAACUUGUCCAGGAAACUGUCAGGACAGAGGGAGGUGCGUGAACGGGAUCUGCCUGUGCAAUGAGGGCUUUACCGGAGAGGAUUGCAGCACCAAAACUUGUCCAGGAAACUGCCAGGACAGAGGGAGGUGCGUGAACGGGAUCUGCGUGUGCAAUAAGGGCUUUACCGGAGAGGACUGCAGCACCAAAACUUGUCCAGGAAACUGCCAGAACAGAGGGAGGUGCGUGAACGGGAUCUGCCUGUGCAAUGAGGGCUUUACUGGAGAGGACUGCAGCACCAAAACUUGUCCAGGAAACUGCCAGGACAGAGGGAGGUGCGUGAACGGGAUCUGCGUGUGCAAUAAGGGCUUUACCGGAGAGGACUGCAGCACCAAAACUUGUCCGGGAAACUGCCAGGAUAGAGGGAGGUGCUUGAACGGGAGGUGCCUGUGCAAUGAGGGCUUUACUGGAGAGGACUGCAGCACCAAAAUUUGUCCAGGAAACUGUCAGGACAGAGGGAGGUGCGUGAACGGGAUCUGCGUGUGCGAGGAAGGCUUUACAGGUGAGGACUGCUCCGUGCUGGCCUGUCCUGGGAACUGCAGCAGCAGGGGGCGCUGUGUGAAGGGCCGUUGUGUGUGCCGGCGUGGCUUCACUGGCCCAGACUGCAGGGAGACAGCCUGUCCUGUGAACUGCAAUGACAGGGGGCGCUGCGUGAAGGGGGCGUGCCUCUGUGACCCCGGUUUCACCGGUGAGGCGUGUGACACGCAAGUGUGCCCCCAAGACUGCAGCCAGAGAGGAAGGUGUGAGAACGGGGCCUGCGUUUGCCAACAGGGCUUCACUGGAAAAGACUGCUCCCUGGAGCUUCCCUCUAUCUCCGAGCUCCACACUCUCAAUGUCUCGGACUCCUCGGUUUUGGUUCGGUGGAAUCGACCCAAUGUCCAGAUCGACGGAUACGUGAUCAGCUUCCAGGCCACGAAGGAGGAUGAUGAGAAGCUGACUUCACGGCUGGUGGGUGGGGUCUCUAACUAUACCCAGACAGGAUUGGCUCCCGGGCAGGAGUACCGAGUGACUCUGAGAGCCGAGCGCAACCAGGAGCUGGGACCACAGGCCUCUACUGACUUCACAACACUGAUCGGAGGCCCCAAGAACCUGCGUGUCGUCAAGGCGACAGGGGGCGAGGUGGUGGUCCAAUGGGAACGCUCAGUCUCCAUUGUGGAUCGAUACCGCCUCUACUUCACCCCGAGCGAGGGGGAGGGGCGUGGAGGAGACAUGGACCUGCCCCCCCAGAGAGACUCCGCCCACCUCACUGGCCUGGUGGCGGGGCAGCUGUACAACAUCACACUGGUGGCUGAGAAGGGGCGGAGCCGCAGCCUGCCUGCCAGGACACAGGCCAUGCCCGCAGGGUCGAUAGCCGAUGACCGAUUGACCGAUCCGGCUAUGGAAACGGUUGCCAAGGAAACCCAAGGACCGCCCAAAAGAAAACUGGUGAUCCUCAAGGCCAACAGAACCUCAACUACGCUCCCCAAUGGAAAGAAGGUCCUCCAAAAAAGACCCCCAACGAAAGAGGUCAAAAAAUGGGUCCUACCCAGGUUCAAAGUUCAGGGGUCAGGGGAGGUCAUUGCUUCCUCUCCCAGGGGAGAGUUGAAUGGCACCAGCAGUAAAGAUUUUUGGAAAUCCCCAACAUAUAAUAAUUCUACUUUGGAGAAUGCUGAGACUGAGUCUGGAAAAAUACCUGGAAAAAUCUCACAGGUGAAUCUAAAUGAUCCUUUACCGGCUGUAACCAAAAUCAAGGAGAAGCCAUCCACGCAGUACAAGAGCAAAGAAACAGCCUCUGAUAAGGAAACCCCAGGACCCACACUGCCUUCAUGGAAAGAAACUUCAAAAACCAAAAAGGUUCCAUCUGCAGAUCUUGCAACCAAACCAAACAAAGUCCUACACAACAUCUCCCCUAAAGUCUCUCCAGAUCUGGAUGGACUGGCUGAGGGAGCACCUACUAGUUUGCCCUCCAUCAAACCUGAAAACCUUGGAACGGUCGCCCCUAUAUCCCCUGGCAAGGUGCAACCCCCCACCCCUCACCCUGGACCACAACAUACUGGAGUCUUACCCACUGCAAACUCAACCGCAAUGGAGCCGAAAGCUGCCACUCACCAGAGAGCUACCGAUGCGUCAGGGGUCAGACAUGUGGGUCCGGUGGUGAGAGGGAACUUAAAGCCAGUUUUCCCGGGCAAGAAUGGGACCAGAUUGAAAAUCGACAGGAGCACCCUGCCGAAAAAGAUUCUUGGAGUUCCCAAACCUGUUCUAAAGAAGCCAUCUCCAGGUGCAUCUAGAACCAUGCCAGACAAAGUCUUGCCACCUCUAGAGAAUUCUCCAACUACCAAAGGUAUACCUACAGCUUCAACCCAAGUUGUUAAGAAGCAGUCUCCUGAUUCAACCCAGCCCAAACCUGAGGAAGUCUUGACGCUUCUUGGUCAAUCUAAAUCCACCACAAUUGUUCCUACAACUCUGAAGAUGAAGACCAAGGAAGGGUUUGUUUCUCUAAACGCCACCGAAACAGACAAACCUCAGUCUAUCAAAAUUGUUCCUCCAACUUUAAAUCCCAUUAAGCAGCAAUCUCCAGAAGCAACUGCAAUCCAGCCUACCUCCAAAUCUAAACCCAUCAUCCACGGGAUCUUCAUACAUGUGGGACCAUCAACAGGAGACAACCGGACCAAGGAGAAGGUGGCCCAGGAUGUCACCAGAUUCAUCCACAGGGCACCGAAGAGGAACCUACCCUCUGCCUUAUCCAAAGAUGCCAGCACUGACCCUAUCAUAAGAGGGCACCAAACACACCAGAGAACCAGGGUGGUGGAUUUGUGGUCACACAAACCCAAAUUUGGGGCACCUACUUCCCAAAACGGAUGGCAAACCAUCACAGGGCCGAAAGGGAAGCCUUUACAGGGGCCCCCAGGGGAUGACAGGUGGCCAAAAAACGUCAGGGUCAGGAACUCUACCUCUCGGAGCAUGCUGGUGUCCUGGGAAGCACAGAAGGGAGCAUUCACUCAUUUCGUGGUGACACAUAAGGAAUUCGGGGCCCAGAGUCUUCCUGUUAAGAGGGUCUUGUCUGGGGAGGCACGCUCCGCCCUCAUUGGGGGUCUUAAGCCUGCCACACGGUACACCCUGUCUGUGUUUGGGACGUCCCAUGGACAGAGGUCCAGGAUCGAGAGGCUCACAGCCCUCACAGCCCCACCCAAUGUAGAGAAUGCAUUGCCCACGAUUACACAGAUCGACCAGUCACAGGAAGAGGAGGAGCAGGAGGAGGGAAAGGGGGAGGGGCCAAGGCCAGGCUUGGGUAACGGACUUGCUCCAGGCCCUGACGUCCCGCAAGAGCUCUCCUUCAGCAACAUCACUGACACCUCCGUCGAGGUCACCUGGAGGCUCCCCUCAGCCCCAGUGGACAGCUUCAAGAUCACCUACACUCACUCACAGGAAGGAGAGCCCCACAGUGUUACGGUGGAGGGCAGGAAGUCACGGGUCACGCUGAGAAGACUGGUUCCGGGGUCGCAGUAUGAGGUCAGCGUGAUGUCUAUCAGGGGGAUGGGCGAGAGCGAGCCAAUCACAGGAGUCGUCAUCACGGUGCCGGACGCUCCCACAGAUCUGCGUGCUGUCAAUGUGACAGACUCAAUGGCGCUGUUGCUUUGGAGACCGUCGCUGGCCACAGUGGACCAUUACAUCAUCACAUAUAACGCCCGAGGCGUCCCAGAGAUGAACAUGACGAGGUCUGGCAACGUGGCCGAACUGCAGCUGAAGGGGUUAAAGGUCAACACUCUGUACAGAGUGACAGUGACCAGUGAGCGAGAGGGAGUGACCAGCGCUCCGGCAAGCACCACCUUCACCACCACAGCCAUAUCGACAGGGGAGGGGCCUCGUGACCUCACAGCCAAUCAGGUGACCCCUCACUCUGCCAUGCUGCAGUGGAAGCCUCCCGGGAGUGCAGUUACGGGGUACAUCCUGACAGUGCAGGGUGCUGCCGGGGAGAUUAUCAGGGAAGUGACUCUUGAGCCCAGUGUGAGCAGUCACAGGCUGGACACACUGGUCCCAGUAACGCGCUACACUGUGAGCCUGAUGGGAGUGAGGGGGGGUGAGAGGACUGCGACCAUCACAACUUCAUUCACUACUGGUGUGCUUCGAUUCCCUCACCCUGUUGAUUGCUCUCAGGAGCUACUGAAUGGAAUGCAGAAGUCGGGAAAGACCACAGUGUACCUGGGGGGGAACCGGGAGACACCACUGCAGGUCUACUGUGACAUGGAGACUGAUGGGGGAGGCUGGAUUGUUUUCCAAAGAAGGAUGAACGGUAAAACCAAUUUCUAUCGGCACUGGAAGGAGUACAAGGCUGGCUUUGGGAAUGUGAGCGAGGAGUUCUGGUUGGGCAAUGAGAACCUGCACAGCCUCACAACUCACAACCCCCAGAGCCUGAGAGUGGAUCUGAGGGCAGGGAAUGAGACAGCACACGCUGUUUACAAGACCUUCAGAGUCGAUUCUGAGAAGAAACACUACAGCCUGCACAUCGCGGGCUACAGUGGAAAUGCUGGUGACUCUCUCCGUUACCAUGACGACCGCCCCUUCUCAACCAAGGACCACGACCCCAAGCCCUUCAUCACCCGCUGUGCCAUCUCCUACAAGGGGGGCUGGUGGUACAGGAACUGCCACCAGGUCAACCUGAACGGGCUGUAUGCAAACAGCAAGGACCACCAGGGAGUGAACUGGUUUGACUGGAAAGGUUUGGAUUUCUCCAUCCCCUUCACUGAAAUGAAGAUGAGACCCGCCAACUUCCAGUCAGCGAGGAGAAGCAUGUAGACACCACUCUGCCUUAUCCUCCCCCCUCACAUAGAGACCACCCUGCCUCAUCCUCCCCCCCCUCGCAAUAGAGACCACCCUGCCUCAUCCUCUCUCCCUCGCAAUAGAGACCAUCCUAACAGAGCCUCCCUCUCUCGCAAUAGAGACCACCCUGCCUCAUUCUCCCUCUCGCAAUAGAGACCACCCUGUCUCAGCCUCCCUCCCUCGCAAUAGAGACCACCCUGUCUCAGCCUCCCUCCCUCGCAAUAGAGACCACCCUGUCUCAGCCUCCCUCCCUCGCAAUAGAGACCACCCUGUCUCAGCCUCCCUCCCUCGCAAUAGAGACCACCCUGUCCCAGCCUCCCUCCCUCGCAAUAGAGACCACCCUGUCUCAGCCUCCCUCCCUCGCAAUAGAGACCACCCUGUCUCAGCCUCCCUCCCUCGCAAUAGAGACCACCCUGUCCCAGCCUCCCUCCCUCGCAAUAGAGACCACCCUGUCUCAGCCUCCCUCCCUCGCAAUAGAGACCAUCCUAACAGAGCCUCCCUCUCACGCAAUAGAGACCACCCUAACAGAGCAUUUAG